GUCCAUCCAUCAUCCCUCCUCCUUCUCAUUCCCCCUUCUGCCUUAUGCAUCCAGUUCAUUGCAGAUAUCUCCCAUCGUCUCUCUAAUUGGCCCACCACCGAUUUUCCGAGUGGAGGCUCACGCGCCGCAUCUGGUAGAUUCUCGCUCCCAAACAACGAACAUCCCGUCAAAGGCCGAGGGAACGAGGGAGUCAUGUAUCCCGACACCGCCCACCCCGACGACGCCUUCGUGCAACAACAGCAACAACGCGGCCAAUACCCUCCUCAGUUCUGGUCCGCAAGGACGCCAUCACAGCAGUCGUCCACCCCAAACACGCUCCGUCCUCACCACGCAACAACGCAACGUUAUGCGGAUCGCCUAGACGAACAAGACUCCAGCCCCCAGGAAUCUCUCUCCCCGCCGCCCGACUUCGUCCCUGUCGCACCCUCGCCACCCUCGCAACAGCAGCAGCAGCAGCAACAGCCGCAACAUCAACGCGACACCUACCACCACUCGGAGCAGAACCUCCCUGCUCCCGUCGUCAUCGGCAGCAUGUUCCACUCCCAGGACCCCUACGUCUCCCAACCCGCCGUCCGCUUCAACGAGGCCCAGCUCGCCAUGGACGAGGUCACGAACCGCGUCCGCGGCAAGGGCUUCCGCGACGAGCUCACCAUCGCCGCCAACGGCUCCGUCACCCCGGGCGUCGACGACACCCCUUACCUCCGCUACGCCCUCGAGGCCCUGACCCGAGAGCACGGCCACAACUUCUCCCCGCCCUCCAGUGUGCCCUCUCCGGCCGAGAACACCGGCUACUACCGCGCCGCCGGCUACCUCCCGGACAACCUCCAGAGCCCCCAGAUCAGCGGCGACCCCGAAGUCGGCUUCACCCCCAUGGUCCCCGUUCCGAGCCACGCCCGGGACUCGCUCCGUCCCGAGUCUCACGCCGGCGAGCGCCCUUCCAUGUCCCUGGGCACCCGCAUCAUCUCCAUGUCGCCGCCGCACUCCGCCGACUCCAGGUAUCACCACCUUCACCAGAACCAGGACAAGGCCCACGCCGCCGCCGCCGCCGCUGAAUCCGCGCCCAAGUGGCUGCCCAUCAGCGAAAAGGAGAGCGUCUUCCCCGGCAUGACGAAGCUCGACACCAUCGACGAGGAUCGCGUCAGAUUCCCCCGCCUGACAUACGUGCCCGCCAUCCUCAGGCUGCCCUCCAUGAUGGCCCUCGCUGCGCUGUGUGUCGCCAUGAUCGCCUGCCUCGUCGUCUCCGUCGUCUACUCACCCAUCCGGCCUGGCCUGCUGACCUACGGCGAGACCAUCUACAGCGCAAAGUACUUCCUCUUCCGCCUGCUGCCGCAGAUCCUCGCCGCCGCCAUCUUCGUCUACGCGCAGUGCGUCGCCGCCACCACGCUGCGCAUCCUGCCCUUCGUCGCCCUGACAGAGGACGAGCCCCUGCGCCGGCGGAACGCCCUCUUCCAGGACCUUUACCCCAGGACCUUCCUCCUCCCCCACCUUGCCGGGCCGGCCCACGUCAAGGCGGCCCUGGCCGUCUUGUGGGCGGGCGCCUUCACGAUCCCCCUCGCUAGCGCCACCUUCACCGUCAUCCUGAACGGCGAUGUCUGGUACUGGACCGCGGUGCGCGGCGUCGCCUGGACGCUGGCGGCCCUCUACAUCCUCAUCGCCGCCGCCGUCGUCAUCCUGGCGCUAUUCUGGCGCGGCCGCAUCACGGGGCUCAUCUGGGACCCGCGCUCCAUCGCCGACUUCUCCGUCAUGAUCAGCCGGAGCAACACGCGCGAGUCGUACCGAGGCUCCGAGGUCGCUGAGGACCGCAACGCCCUGCGCCGUAUUCUGCGGAACCGCAUCGUCGACCGGCUCGGCUACUGGAUGACGGACGACCACGGCUACGGCAACAACCAGGAUCUGACGCCUUGGUACGGUCUCGGCACCGAGCACUCGCAGGGCUACACGCCCUCAGACCACUACGACGUGAAGCACGAGUCGGACCGGCUUUCCGUCACCUCCCACCUCAUCGACGCCGCCGACGCCGCCGCCGCGGGCCACGACGACUACAUCCGCACUCUCUACCUCCCCUGGUGCUUGCGCACAGGCCAGGUUCUCUUCUUCGUAGUCGCCGCCGUCGUCCUCCUCACCGCCCUCCUCGUCGUCUCCUUCCUCCACCGCACCCGCCUCGUCGCCGGCUUCCGCCCGGGCGUCACCGCGGGGCCCUCGGACACCGCCUUCUCCGCCGCCAACUUCCUCUACAGCUUCGUCCCCAGCCUCGUCGGCCUGCUCCUAUACCUCGCCUUCCAGUCCCUCGAGCAGCACAUCCGCAUCCUCCAGCCCUGGGCCGACCUCGGCGCCAAAGACGGCGCGCCCGCCGCCCGCUCCGUUCUCGCCGACUACGCCGCCUGCCUCCCGCUGCAAUCCACCCUCCACGCGCUCCGCAAUCGCCACUGGCGCGUCGCCGCCCUCUCCUUCCUGUCCUUCCUCCUCGCCUUCCUCCCGGCCCUAGCCGGCGGUCUCUUCAUGGCUCUCACCGCCGCACCUCCCGCCGACGUUCGCAUGUUCCCCAACGUGCCCGUCUACGCCGUCAUCCUCGCCCUCCUCGCCCUCUAUCUCGCCGCCCUCGUCUCCCUGCUCUUCGGCCGCAACCGGUACCGCCUGCCCCACGCCGUCGCCUGCCCCGCUGAGAUCCUCUCGUUCCUCGCCAACGAGGACAACGCCAGCGACCCUGCGUUCCAGGCGGCGCCGCGCUCCGCCGAGAAGCUGCGCGUCUACCUCGGCGCCGGUCCCGGGGUGACGCGGGCGUCGACGGCGGCGCAGAGCACGUGGAUGUUCGGGUACUGGCCCGGCCGCGACGAGAGGCGGCUCGGCGUGAGGCGACAGAAGCGCUUCACGGAGCGCAAGCCGUUCCACGAACGCGCGCCCUCGCGCCCUUCCAUGAUUUGAUACCCAAUCUGUUUUCUUCUUGCAGAAGGAUUAGAAGUAGGGGGCAUCGACAUGACCACACGAGAUGAUGCCGCCGCGUGUUCAUCAUCUCGUGAACAGCCAAUUUGGAUAAAAGAAAAAAGAGUUCGAUGUUCAGAGUAUUUAGCUUGUGACAUUUUUGGCGUCUUGGGUUGAUUUUUCUUGUGUCGCUUUUCAUUGUUAGCAUGGGUUUUUUUUCCCCCAGCAUUGGCACGGCGUUUCACACGGGGGCAGCAUUUGCGAGACUUGUUAUGGGGAAAAGAGACUGAGCGAAGAGAGAUGGACUCUGUUCACACGAUACGACAUGAUAUGAUACGGUACGAUACGAUACGAAGGUCACGGGGAGAUGAAGAAGAUAUGAUUGAAUUGUCACGCAUCGUUGGACUUAAUGUGUUACUCAAUGUUUAUAUUACCAGCCGCAACCGGUUCUCCCGUCCACGGCCGGGAUAAAUAGACACAAAUCGCC